GAAAAAUGGAAAUGAAUGAAGAAACAAAUUGAUUCAUGCCCCUUCUUUUAAAUCUUUAACUGAGAUGCUGUUUCAAAAUUGAAAUGCGUAUGUACAUUUGUACACUGUACACACGUAAAUAUGAAUUUAAUGUCUCACAAUAGAUAAUCACAUAUAUAAGGAUAAAUACCAGUAAACGUAACCAUAAACAUAUAAGUUUAUGGUAUACAACAUUUCAGAGCAUUCACCCGUUAUCGAUAGAUAUGUAAUUGACAAUUUAAAUGCUCCAGUAGCAGGGAUACUCCUGUUGUUGGAUUAUCAGUAAAGGGAUGUCUUUAUUCGUUUUGUAUAGUAUCUUAUCUGUGUAAAGUUAAAACCGAUAAUGCUCGUAAACGAAAAACAUCGAUGCGGUCAGCUCGACUUGGCGAAUCAAAAUUAGUAUCAUACGGAACGGCAAGUCGCACCGUUAGCUCGAUCACUGAAACUUAUCACUGAUUAAUUGAAACAGCAACUACGAAAUGACGCGGAAACAUAGACAAAUGAUAGGCUACAAAAUAUUCUGUAUGAUCGUCGUUCCAACGAUGUAUUUGAUCUUCGUUAAUACGUUAGCAAUAUUUCUUCCAAACAAUGCAGCAAGUGCGAAUAACCCUACGGAUACGCGACUUCGCAAGUUAUUGCAAAUUGGACCAAGCGCUAUCGAAGCUGGAGAAAAUGAAGUAAACUGCACUCCUCCGGCGAUAAAAGAAUUUCCAUCGGAUGGCCUUACUCGACAGCAAAGACAAUCGGGUUUUAUAGCUAUACAUUUCGUGAUAGCGAUUUACAUGUUUCUGUUACUCGCUAUCGUUUGUGAUGACUUUUUUGUGCCGUCGAUUAAAAAAAUUUGCCACAAGAUUAACGUAACAGAAGAUGUCGCAGGAGCAACAAUUAUGGCAGCAGCUAGCUCUAGCCCAGAGCUGUUUAUCAAUAUCGUAGGUACUUUUGUCACGGAAGGAGAUUUGGGCGUCGGCACGAUUGUUGGUUCUGCUGUUUUCAAUAUAUUAGCUGUGCCUGCUUGUUGUGGUUUAUUUGCAAAUCAGGUAUUGAAUCUGGAAGGGUGGCCUGUCACGCGAGAUACUAUCGCAUACGCAUUCACAGUUCUCUUACUUAUUUUAACUUUACGAGACGGUCGUAUCGAAUGGUACGAGGGAUUGAUUCUCGUUCUCUUGUAUGUUUUGUACAUUUUAGCAAUGUGUUUCGAUCGGAAGAUACAUCAGUUUGUUCAAUCGGUAACAAAUACAAGAAAGAAGUAUAAGAAUCUUUCCGAAUCAACUCCCCUACUUUCUAAUGACCUGGUUAAAAGCACGGAUAUUAUUUUGUUGGAAUCGAGCGGUGAAGAUGAAUCGCUUGAUAUCGUGAAUAUGAAGAAUUGGCCAAAUUCGACGUGCGAACGGAUUUGGUGGUUGAUUACUUGGCCUAUAAAUUUUGUGCUUCUCAUUACGAUUCCUGACUGUAGAAGAAACACAUUGAAAUCUUGGUACCCCCUUACUUUUAUCAUGUGUAUAAUAUGGAUAGCAACUACUUCGUACAUAGUUGGAUGGGUCAUCACUGUAAUUGGUGAUACAUUUAGGAUUCCUGAUUCCAUAAUGGGAUUGACGUUUCUUGCGGCAGGAAUGAGUGUACCGGAGGCUGUUUCUAGUGUUAUCGUUGCGAAUCAAGGGCACGGAGCCAUGGGCAUAAGUAAUUCGAUCGGUUCAAACGUAUUCGACGUGUUACUUUGUCUCGGAUUACCUUGGUUCCUGAAAGCAGCACUUUUUCCGAAAACACCUGGCGAUCAUUAUGUAACGAUUAAUUCACAAGGUCUGGUUUACAAUUCCAUAUCGUUAUUUUCUACUCUCACCGUACUUUAUUUGUCUCUUCUAAUUGGCAAAUUUAAAUUGACUCGAUCCAUUGGAAUAGUUUGCCUCAUUAUGUAUGUAAUUUUCUUGGUAUUUGCUUCCAUCCUCGAACUCAAUUUGUUCUUUGUGGUUAAUUUACCAAUAUGUGUUCACUGAUACUUUAUACAUAUGUUUGUUAAUCCACUGACAAUCUAUCUUUACUUACUAAGUUUUACAAAAGGAUUCGGAACUUUGAAUCAGGCUCUCCUUUUAUCUCCUUUCGAUAUUUUGAUACGCACCACGAAUCGUUGAAACAUCAAUUGAACAUUGGUUUCACAAUGAAUGUAUCGUGCUUGUCGCAAAUAAUUCAACUUUUAAUCAGUUCAUUAUAUUUUCCUGAAUGUUUGUGUGCAUUCUAGUGUAUUAUUUUGUGACGCAUAUGUACUUAUGAAUUUGUGCACAUAUAAAUUUAAUGAGUGUAAUAUAUGAAUGCCUAUGUAUGUAUGUAUAUAUGAUAUUUAUAUAGCUAUUUCAACGAUUUACAAACCAUUUAUAUUUAGCAUAAGUGUUUUUCAAAUAAAUUUCUGAAGUACUGUACUUGUAGUU